UACAACUAUAAUAGUCCUAAUAUUCUUUUAUUUUUAGUAUUUCAUCUUAUUCAUUGGCUGGACGAUGAAGAAGAAGAAGAAGAAAAUAUACCACGUCCAGUAUUACCGAAUAAUACAUAUAUUAGUCUUGAAGACUUGACCAUUGAACCAAUUAUAUCUGAAAGCUGUUAUAUAUGCCAUUACUCAACGCCCACUGUCAUAGCAUUACCAUGUAGACAUCAAGGAUUGUGUGCUCCUUGCCAUCAAACAUACAUAAUGAUGCCACCAUACAGAACAAUACCAUACUACAGAUGCCCUUUAUGUAGAGGAGAAAUUACAACAUAUUUCAUUAUUGUUUGA